AACAUACAGAACACCCUUGUUCAGAACGUUGACUUCCAAAUUUGGCGCCGACCGACCUGUUUCAUUUCCUUUUCGGAACACACACCAGAUAUCCAGAGGCACUCUCUUCAGAUUCCAUCGACACUUCAAGAAGCUGAUUCGGAACCCUCCUGAUCCGUGCUCAGCCUAUUUCUCACGAGGAAGAAGUAUCGAUACAGCCUUUAGGUUUUAGUACUACACUCUUCCGGUUAUAUUUGAGGGGUUAGGGAUGGGUGAUGAGCCACCUCUUCGACCAGAUCCCGUACUGACAGAUAAUGAGGACAACCUGACAGAUCCAUCGCCACAUCACUCGUUACCAACCACAAACCCUUCUGGACAAACAGCCACUAUGGAAUUUGAGCAGUAUCCACGACAACAGUUCGGCAUGCCGCAAUUUGCUGUCCCUGGAGCUCUCGACAUGUCGAGCAUGGCAGCGGCGCUGCCCGACUAUCAGUUGCGACCACUUCAACAACAUUCGUUCCAACACCAAUAUCAAUCUCCCGCCGUCGGCAACCACUCCAUGAUGUAUCAGUACAACCAGGGCGCGCAAUUUGCUGGACAAGCCGCCCAUAAUUACUCGCAGGCAUUCGCUCAGCAGUAUCCUUCACAAUAUGCGCAAGGCACUCCGCCUCGUCAGCCACAUGCGGCAGCAUACCCACAAUUCAUCGGGACACCGGGAGGAAGCAGCGGGCAGCAGCAGUUCCAGAACCAAGCGUUCAUAUUACAACAGCCCAUGUUUUCGGCUCCCAACACAGCGACGCACCACCAACAGCAAGGAGGUUAUCCACAAGCGUUCGUCAACCCGGCCUACGCAGCAGGAUACGGGACGAGAGUAGCGGGCGCAUACCCAAUACCGCAAUUGCGACUGGAUAGCAGCCUUACCCAGCCGCAGGCGCAAAACUUUUAUCAGCAGUCUCACAAUCCAGCUGUAAGACGCACCAGCUCCAAUUCUUCCCUAACCACAUCCACCCUCAGAGGGCCGCCCAGGAAACCCAAACAAUCUGGUCACGCACUUUGGGUGGGCAAUCUCCCUCCUGCAACACACAUCAUCGACCUUAAGGACCACUUCUCCAAGGACGCGACAGACGACAUUGAGAGUGUGUUCUUGAUCUCGAAGAGCAACUGCGCCUUCGUCAAUUACAGGACAGAAGCCAGUUGUGCAGCCGCCAUGACUCGUUUCCAUGACUCCCGCUUUCAGGGAGUUCGUCUUGUUUGCAGACUGCGUCGUGGAAGUUCAUCUCCAGCGACUCCAGCCCAAAGCCACGUUCAAUCAGCAGCACAGCUGCCUGACGGUGUAGGUGAGAGCGACGAGAAGCCGGAAGAAUCUGGUGCACACCAAGAGACAGUCGCAGGGGAUGUUGUUACAGCAGAGCCAGAUUCCGUCGAUAAAGUCAAGGAGAAGUUCUUCGUGGUCAAGAGCUUGACUGUGGAAGACCUCGAACGAAGUGUGAACAGCGGAAUCUGGGCCACGCAGGCUCACAAUGAGGAUGCACUUAACAAGGCUUACAAUUCAGCUGAGAAUGUAUAUCUGAUAUUCUCUGCGAAUAAGUCUGGCGAGUAUUUUGGUUACGCCAGAAUGGAGUCAGCCAUCGACGACGAAUCUGCAGCCAGCAUCGACUAUCAACCUCGGGCUGAAAUUCCAGAUCCCAGCCCAUCAGACCUCCCUUUGACGAUUCCCACACCCGCCACCGCUACUGCCCCGAAAGGGCGCAUAAUUGACGACUCAGCUAGGGGUACCAUCUUCUGGGAAGCAGAGAGCGAUGGAAAAGACAAAGAAGUGACUCAAGAGGACGAGGGUAACGUGUCUGCUGGCGAAGGAUACGAGUCAGGCAGUCCCGCCACGCCACAAACCUUUGGCAAACCCUUCAAGAUCAAGUGGAUGUCGACUGAGCGCCUACCCUUUUACAGGACAAGAGGACUGAGAAACCCCUGGAAUGCCAACCGAGAGGUCAAGAUUGCCCGGGACGGAACCGAGAUCGAGCCUUCCACCGGUAGGAGGUUGAUUGCCAUGUUCCAUCGCCCUCAACUAUCCUCAGCGAGCCCUGGAGCUCCCCGACCACAGCAGCUUGCUUCAGGUCCCAUGGGCGGCUACAUGUCUCCUCAUGCCUCCGCCGCAGGUGGCAUGUAUGGAAGAUCAUACUGAUUGAUGUAUUUGGAACAUUUGUUAUUUGUACAGAGAUCGCGACUCUACAGCGACAGUUUCAUGCUUGUACGAUGACAUGACGAUGAGAUGACAUGGGCACAAAACCGAAAAGCAACAAUGUUUUGAGAGCAACAAUUUAGAGUGGAGGCUGGAGCCACGCUCGAUGAUAUCUUCUUAGCAUAUAUACAUGAGGGGGCUUCGCUGGGCGAGCCUCACUUCAGUUCCAAAGGGACAGGGGUUUUAAUGGCCGCUGAUGGAUAGAAGCGA